AUGGCCAUGCAGGCUGUGCUGCUUGGCACGCUGAGCAUGGCUGCGAUUCCUGCAGCCUUCGCGUUCCAUGCAGUGGAGGCUCCGAUGCGGGGACUUAAGCUCAACGAGGGAAGCUACAUCACCGGUCAGAGGAUGGGGAACUAUCCUAGCCUGUCACAGAGAAAGCAGAAGACGUCGUUGCUCCGCCGAAUGAUGAUGCUUGAAGGCAGAGUCUCGGUGACGCUGAAGAGAAACAUGGGUGGAACAUUCUUCUUCGCAGGAGAAUACAUGAACGAUGAAAGGGAGAAGCCGAGGACAUGGCUAUUCCAAAGAACGUGGAAGGACUUCUCGGAGCUAGACUCGUAUGUCAGACCUAGGUUUGGCAGCAAGAUGGACCCGCUCCCUCCUGAGCCCUACAUCUUCGGGGAGGAAGCGAACCCAGGUCCUUUCCAGAGUUACAUCAAGAAGAUCAUCGCAAUCGAGGAUGCCUUUGGAAUUCCAGAGGUCUACGAGUUUUGUGAAGCCCCAGCCGACGUCGUGACAGCAGCGUACCCCGAUCGAGUUCCGAUUGACGUCGACGUGGUGAAAGGGAAGAGGCGCUACCAGGCUGACGAUAGGUUCAGCGUCCCUGUAAUGGAUCCCGUGAUGAUAGCAGCUCAAGCAGGGAAGAAUGCGCGCGUGGUGAAGGAUGCCAUCUCCAGCGCCGAGUUGUCCAAGAAAGCAGGGCAGCGAGCUGCGGAGUGGAAGCAGGAGGCUGACUCUGUCGCCGGAGCCGUCUCACAAGUCGUGAAUGCAUCGAGCACGGGGAAGCUGUUCGGGAGUGUGCUGGGCAACCUUAGAUCGGGAAGGGGGCUUUUUGGAGAAGAAGUAACGAUGAAGGCUGUGAGCACGAUCUCUGGUGCUGUAGAAGAAAUCAUGGACUCAGACGAGGUCGAAUACUCGGAGAGAGACAAAUGGGAUCUUGUGAUUUACGGAGGAGACGACACGAGCUUGGAAGUAACGGUGAAGCCGACGCAAAAAUGUAAACUGCUGGUCAAGGCCUGGUGCAACGAGGUAGGAGUGGACGACAUCGGCAGCUACCAGGCGGAGAGAAAGGGGAAGGUUCUGGACCUGGACUCUGAAAUUGGCGCUGCAGGAGUGAAGAACGGAUCCAAGAUUCGAAUAGUGAAGAAAUCAUGA